GGAGGACGGAGAAGAAGAAGAAGGAGGCGAAGGAGGAGGAGGAGGACGGAGGCCUGGCUAACGACGGCGAACGUCCUCGAGGGUGCGAACCAACAGCAGCACCACCGCCGACGACGACGAUGAUCGCGACGGGUGGCGAUCGACGUACGUGUUGGAGACGGAGGCGCCGAUUGGCGGUGGUGACUGUGCUCUCCGCGGUUUUGGCGCUCGCGAUGGGCCCCUCGUCGUCCUGGGGCCACAGGCCGGUGCCGAACAAUCGGAUUACACUUGACACCACCAGCACGCUCCUGCCGGUCGUGUUGCGGUUGGACAACGGUGUGUCAGUGUACGAUCGCAAUAAUAGCAACAUCGGCUUCAACGCCGCCGGCCACGACGGACACAAUAGGACUAAUGAAAACGCUACGGAAAAGAGGCCGCUCUUCCCCGACGAUCUGUUCACCACUGACCAACGGCGUCGUGGCGCCGUGAUACUCCACAUACUCGGCGUUGUGUAUAUGUUCGUCGCGCUGGCAGUCGUCUGCGAUGAAUUCUUCGUGCCGUCAUUGGACGUGAUCAUUGAGAAAUUCGAAAUCGCUGACGAUGUAGCCGGUGCCACUUUCAUGGCCGCCGGUGGAUCGGCGCCCGAACUCUUUACAUCGAUUAUAGGCGUGUUCGUGUCGUUUGACGACGUCGGGAUCGGCACUAUCGUCGGUUCCGCCGUCUUCAACAUCCUCUUCGUAAUCGGCAUGUGCGCUAUAUUCUCGCGUACGGUGCUGUCGCUCACAUGGUGGCCUCUGUUCCGCGACUGCACCUUCUACAGCGUCAGUCUGCUCACCCUGAUCUACUUCUUCCGUGACAGUCACAUACACUGGUACGAGGCGCUCGUACUGUUCGGAUUCUACUUGGGAUAUGUAAGCUUUAUGAAGUGGAACCAGCAGACGGAGAGAUUCGUCAAGAGAAUACUCUACAGAAACAGAGUGACCCGGGUGAGGUCUACCGAUCAGCUGAUGCCCUCGCACCAGAGCGCCGCCCAGGCAUUGCAGCAUCCGAACGCGACCAACAGUAGCGAGACGAGCGUGGGUGGUGUGUCGGGUGCGUGCGGAAGCAGCGGGAUACCGGCGCCCGGGGAGGCCGGAUGCAGCAGCAGGGGUGGCAGCAGCAGCGGUGCUGGCGGCACCGGUACCGGACAAGGUUGCGAACAGGGCGGCCACGGAGGGGGCUCGUCUUCUCAUUCGACACGGGAGAGCCACGCCAAGUUCCGGCACGGCCUGCUGCAGCUUAUGAUCCACACGAUCGAUCCGCUCCACGACGGUCAGUCCCGCGCCGGCAAGGUGGACGAGAAAGCGACGCAGCUGCACGCGAUAGCGUCACUGAAAGUGCUGCUGGACGCCACGAGGCCGCACAACGGCGCCGCGACGUCGACCGCCGCCCAUUAUUCCGGCGCGCCCUCGAAGGAGACGACCCUGCAGCUGCAGCAGGGCUCGCAAGGCACCACUACGACCACCACGACUACGACCACCACCGCCGGCACCACCGCCGGUAUUCAGGAACUUCCGAACGGUGGUAUUGCCGUCGGUAUCGACGCUGGCCUCGAAUCGGGCGAAGAGGAUGAACCUCCAGAGGCCUUGGACAUGGGCUGGCCUAGCAGUCCGAGAAAAAGGCUAACUUACAUCUUGGUCGCGCCAAUCUUAUUUCCUCUUUGGUUGACGUUACCGGAUACGAGAACACCCAGAGGGAAGAAGUUCUUCCCGGUGACGUUCAUCGGCUCGAUCUUCUGGAUCGCGGCGUACUCGUAUCUGAUGGUCUGGUGGGCGAACGUCGCCGGUGACACAGUGGCCAUACCGCCGGAGGUGAUGGGCCUGACGUUCCUCGCAGCCGGCACCAGCAUACCGGACCUCAUCACGAGCGUCAUCGUCGCGCGGAAGGGAUACGGCGAUAUGGCGGUGUCGAGUUCCGUCGGCAGCAACAUCUUCGACGUGACCGUUGGGCUUCCGGUUCCAUGGCUCCUGUACGGCUUGAUCUACGGGAAACCCGUGGAGGUGAACUCGGUAGGCAUGGUGUGCAGUAUAGCGAUACUGUUCUGCAUGCUGCUGUUCGUGAUCAUGAGCAUCGCCUGCUUUAAGUGGCAAAUGAACAAGGGUCUCGGCUUCACGAUGUUCAUCCUCUACUUCGUCUUCGUCGCCGUCUCGCUGAUGUUCGAGUAUCAGCUGUUAAUCUGCCCGGUGUAGGACUGCCAGGACAACGGCAAAGCGGGCAAAGCAGAAGGAAUCCCCUCUGGUGGUGUCUCGCCGGAGGCGGAGGAGCACGUCUGCGAAUGGACGUACACACACACACUUACGGGUCUCGUCAUCAUCAUCGUCAUCGUCGUCGACAGGUCUCGGCCGACGAGAGAAACUCUUCCCCGCGGUCGUCCCGUGGCUUCGAGCCGAGGAGAGGAAACCGUGCCAGUCAUUAUCUGCCUUCCCGUGCGAGCGCGCGCGAAGGAAAUUCAAAGGUCGAACGGCAAUAGCACCACAUCCGCCAUUACCAUCACUACUACCACCAUCACCACCACACUAUCACCAAUCAUCGAGAGUCACAGCAGUUUACAUACUGCGCAUAUAUUACGAGGUGUCUUGUUCUAGUCGAGGUGUACAUAUUGUAUAAAUCUUGAAAUACCUGAAAUGAAAUACUCGUCUUGUUAUAAGAAUUCAUCGAGCGCGACACUCCUCGACCGCUCGAGUGCGCUACUCUAUUUAGGCACGGCGAGCGCGUUAGCCGAUCGUGCCAAGGACCAAACGAGUGUAACUUCGUAUAAUCCGCAGGGGAGUCACCCGGCAAACUUUGAGUCUCAUCUCCUCGAGCGUCUUCUCCUCCUCCUUUCUCGUCCUCUAUUUCUCCUCGUUACUCGCGAGCGAGCGAGCGGCUCAGCGCGCGAGGCAGAUCGAUAUCACGUCGCUAUUUAAAAUUGAUUCGUCUUGAUCCAAAGGAUUCGCAUUCUCGCGAGAGAGAGGCGUGGUUUGAACAGCGGAUGUUCAUGUGCGACGGCGUUUCCACUUUAUGAAAAGCGCGUUCGUCGAAGCGCUGAGCAGCGUCUCUCGACCGUAGUCGCAGUCACAUUAGCAAUAAGUAACGCGAUUCCUCGAGCGACGGUGGUUCGAACUGUCGGAUUUUUCAAAUGCCCAACAUAGAUUUACCGCGACGUUUGUACAAAACGCUCCUACCCGUAGGACUCCUUCCUUGUUUGACUCCUUGGCACGCUCACGUCCAAAUAAUAUAUAUAUAUAUAUAUAUAUAUAUAUAUAUAAUUAUAUAU